GCCACCGCUCUGCUGUUCGCGCACAUCUGGCUGCUGCACCCGAUCGGCACGCUGGACGCGAAAAAGUUCCUGAACAAGCAGAAGAUCUUUUGGCCCUACGUGCUUCAGGGUUUCUUGUUCAAAAUCGCCUUUUGGCGGGAGAUGAUCACGGCCGAAAAAGUGUACGUGUCGAAUUACGGCCUCAUCCAGAUGCAGACCGACGCGAUCGUGCUGGCGAUCUUUCUGCAGUUCAUAGGCCGGUGGGGGUUGUUUCUGCGAUUGCGAUUGAGGUUUAAAAUCAUGAAGGAAGACAAGUUUGAAUGGCACAAGUGCUUCUGGGAGCCAACACUCUUUUUCGUGGCGUAUGUGGUCGCAAAUCACGUUUUUCUGGUGAUAUACUGACAAUGAUACACGUAUUGCAUUUUUUUAGCACCGCGGUGCUCGCUUCAGCAAGUCACGUAUAGGAGCUGCUGCAUAUUGGCA